AUGCCGUCGACAGCCCGGCCUGCGCGCGGCUCGCGUGAUGGCGCCCGCCCGGCGCGACCCGUGCGCAGGCGCCCCGGCCAGACCCGCGCGGAGCCGAAGGGCGCCGCCGCCGGGACGUCGCCGGUCACCGUGGAGGAGGUGCUUGCGGCAGCCCAGAGCCUCUACGUGGACGGCCUGAGACCGUUCGGCCGCAUCCUGCGCAAGCGCAUUGCCGAGCGGCUGCUGGCCGCAGGGUGGGGCGUGCAGGACAUCGACAUGGCCUGCCUGCGCGCCGCCUGCGCGGCGUGCCCCUGGCUCCGGGUCGAGGACACGGAGGGCGGCGACUGGGCGGCGACCUUCGCCGGCUUCCCAGACACCUUCGUCGACAUCUACAGCCCCGAGGACCCGUACCCGGCAGAGCUGUGGCAGAGCGCUGCGGCGUACUUCGAGUCUCUGGACGACGAGCACAUGGUUCUGCCCGGCGGCCGCUACUCGUGCGCCCAGGAGCUUCUGUCGCGCGGCUUGGGCUUCUUGUCGGGCUACUCCUUGGGGCAGGUGAGCCACGUGGUACAGCUGGCCAUCUCCCAGAAGCGGCUGCUGGGCUACCUCAACGGCGCCGUGGUGCCCUACGGGCGCUCGGGCUCCCGGGCGAAGGACUCCU